CUCUGUCAGACAUUUCCUGUAGAGGGGUGUACAUCAUGCAACAUUUAUUACUGUGCUUGUACUUUUUAUAAUACUUUGGUCGCCUUAUUUACAUGAUACACUCAAAGUAUUAAAACCAGGGAUCCAAAGUGGCAGGAGAAGACCUCGAGUUGGCUUCCUGAAUUCAGCGAAAUGGAUGUCCUCGUACACGUUGUUGUUUCUCUGCUGCUGGCACAAAAAGUGGAAGGGUCUGGAGUGAUGACCACAUUUGUGCAGCAGGGAAAGGACAACCUCUUCAAAGUGGAGGAUAAUAUUACAUUUACUAAAGUUUACGACCAAUUGGUCUGGAAGUUCAAUAAAAAUUAUACCAUAGUAAGAUUAAUGGCUGAACAACAACAAAAAAUAUUUCCCAAUUAUGAAACAAGAGUUAGUGUAGUACAACGUUUCUCGUUGCUUAUAAACAACGUUCAAGCGUCUGACAGUGGAUUCUACACUGCACUGCUGCUAGGUUCUCCAGACCUGAAUGUGGCAGAAUAUCACCUUCGAGUUCAAGAUGCAGUGUCACCCGUCGAACUUGUGGUGGUGUCGGUGUCCACCCGCAACGACUUGUGUAACCUCACGGUGAUGUGCACAACCGACAGCGUGCGUGUCAACAGCACUUUUAGAUGUGAUCAAGACAAUUGCAGCGAGGUGGAUAGGCGACAUUCAGGCGCCGCAACCCCAGCUUUGUAUCUCCAGGCCUUCUUCUCUAAUGUCUCCAUCGUCUGCAACCACAGCAACAAGGUCAGCUGGACUAUGGACGCAAAGGAGGUUCGUGACAUAUGCGUUCAAAGUGGAGAACCUGACAAAACUUCAAUAGCUAACUGGAUCUGGAUAUCAGUCCUUGCUGCACUAGGUCUUGGCCUUCUAGGUCUUCUAGGUCUUCUUUACAAGUGGAUUACCUACAGAAAAAAUCCAACCAAUGAUUUCUGCAAAUACCCUACAGAUCGAGUCAUGGACCGCACAGACAAUCAACAUACAGACCUUUCGGAGAGCAACCAUGCCAUUUUGAAUACAAAUAAUUUAAAUGAUGCCUCAAAUCUUUCUCCAAACACCACCUACGCCUUGGUAGAAUUUCACACUGGUCCGCGAGAGCAACGCAUUACUGGCAAGACCUCGCCCGAGACGAUGUAUGCUCAAGUCAUGAGAGCAAAGCCCAAGAUGGACACGGGGCACGGGAUUCAAGUCUCACUAGACAAUAAAACCCUCAACUUGUAGGCACUGCAAAGA